AGCCGCGUAAGGUUUUGCCCAUCCUCAAGACCGACGAACCCGUCUGCCCGGAGGGAAAACUGUCGUGCGGUAACGGCGAGUGCGUCGACAAGGAGCUCUUCUGUAAUGGCAAGCCCGACUGUAAGGACGAGUCUGACGAGAACGCCUGCACCGUGGAGACCGAUCCCAACCGUGCCCCGGAUUGCGAUCCCACGCAAUGCGUCCUGCCCGAUUGCUACUGUUCGGCCGACGGCACCCGUAUACCCGGCAACAUCGAUCCCCAGCAAGUGCCGCAGAUGAUCACGAUCACCUUCAACGGCGCCGUGAACGUGGACAACAUUGAUCUCUACGAGGAGAUCUUCAACGGGCAACGUCAAAACCCGAACGGUUGUCAAAUCCGCGGUACAUUCUUCGUCUCCCACAAGUACACCAACUAUUCGGCGGUGCAGGAUCUUCAUCGACGCGGUCACGAGAUCGCGGUAUUCUCGUUGACGCAUAAGGAGGAUCCGCAAUAUUGGAGCCAGGGUACGUACGAUGAUUGGCUAGCGGAGAUGGCCGGCGCCAGGCUGAUCAUCGAACGUUUCGCCAACAUCACCGACGGCUCCAUCAUUGGCGUGCGGGCUCCUUACCUCAGGGUCGGCGGUAACAAGCAGUUCGAAAUGAUGGCCGAUCAGUUCUUCGUGUACGACGCCUCUAUCACCGCAUCCCUGGGACGUGUGCCAAUUUGGCCGUACACGUUGUACUUCAGAAUGCCCCACAAGUGCAACGGCAACGGUGGUAACUGCCCGUCGAGGUCGCAUCCAGUCUGGGAGAUGGUGAUGAACGAACUGGACCGCAGGGACGAUCCCACCUUCGACGAGUCCCUGCCGGGUUGUCACAUGGUUGACUCUUGCUCCAACAUUCAGACCGGCGAGCAGUUCGCUCGUCUGCUCAGGCACAACUUCAACAGGCACUUCAACAGCAACCGGGCGCCUCUCGGUCUGCACUUCCAUGCGUCCUGGCUGAAAAGUAAGAAGGAGUACAAGGAUGAGUUGAUCAAGUUCAUCGAGGAGAUGAUCGCCAGGAGCGAUGUGUACUUUGUAACUAUGGUUCAGGUGAUCAAGUGGAUGCAACAACCCACCGAGCUCUCCGCGCUCAGAGAUUUCCAAGACUGGAAAGAGACCUGUGAUGAAAAGGGUUUGCCCUACUGCUCGUUGCCUAACGCUUGCCCUCUGACGACUAGAGAGCUGCCCGGCGAGACGCUGCGUCUCUUCACUUGCAUGGAGUGCCCUAACAACUAUCCAUGGCUGCUGGAUCCGACCGGCGAUGGCUUCUCCGCGAGGAAGUGAUCCAUCAUCCGUAAAACGAACGACGCGUCGACGCGCCGACCGGCCGUGCGAUCCGGUUAUUAGAGAUCUAUCGUUUUUUUUCCGGCAAGUCCGGAAAUCACGUCGGAUAAAAUGUGGUAAUCGACCACGGCGAGCCGAGGAACAAGGGCGCAGCUCUGAAAGACACGGAGAAAGCAAUCGGGCGACGAGCGCGUUGAGGCGCGUGAUUUCGGGCGAAAUCUCGGAAUCGUCUUAUCACGAUUAGAAAGCGUCAUCUUGGCCGCUUGAAGAUCAAGUCGUAACACUAAUAUCAAAGUGGAGUGAAGCGCCGCUGCUUUCGCAAGGGGAAAACGCACUGCGCCCGGUUUCUCUUCCGCGACUCGACUAUAAUAAUUAUUAUUUAUAUAAAUUAGGAUCAGUAAAAUAUAUAUCGCCGCAUUUGGUCGCGAGGCCGAUCGCGUACGAUUUCUCGUGGGAAAC